UACGCGCCUGCCACACCCUCCUCCCCUUGUUCCAGCAUCUUCGGUGGAGAACUGCAGGGACCCGGGCCGCCGUCUCCCGCUCUUGGGGGAAAGCUCUGACCCCCCCGCAGGAGCGGCGGGGCGGGGUAGGGGGGGGCCCGGGAGAAGAUGGCGACGCCGGGAAGCGAACCCCAACCUUUCGUCCCUGCCCUGUCGGUGGCUACUUUGCACCAUCAUCAUCCCCCCCACCACCAUCAGCACCACGGAGGAACUGGAGCCAGCGGCGGGGCCGGAGGAGGCGGUGGUGGCGGCGGCGGCAGCGGGGGCUUCAACCUGCCCUUGAACAGGGGGCUGGAGCGCGCGCUGGAGGAAGCGGCCAACUCCGGGGGUCUGAACCUCAGUGCCAGGAAACUGAAGGAAUUUCCCAGGACCGCGGCCCCCGCGCACGACCUCUCGGACACGGUGCAGGCAGAUUUAUCUAAAAACCGACUGGUUGAAGUUCCAAUGGAAUUGUGCCAUUUUGUAUCACUGGAAAUUCUUAAUCUGUAUCAUAAUUGUAUCAGAGUCAUUCCAGAAGCCAUCAUUAAUCUGCAGAUGCUGACUUACUUAAAUUUAAGUCGAAAUCAGCUGUCCUCGCUGCCGGCCUGCCUGUGUGGUCUGCCGCUCAAAGUCUUAAUCGCAAGUAACAACAAACUUGGAUCGCUGCCGGAAGAGAUAGGUCAGCUCAAACAGUUAAUGGAAUUGGACGUCAGCUGCAAUGAGAUCACAGCCUUGCCUCAGCAGAUAGGGCAACUGAAAUCCUUACGAGAACUGAAUGUCAGAAGAAAUUACCUUAAAGUUUUACCACAAGAACUAGUAGAUCUUCCCUUGGUAAAGUUUGACUUUUCCUGCAAUAAAGUGCUCGUGAUUCCCAUUUGUUUUAGAGAGAUGAAGCAGCUGCAAGUAUUACUGCUUGAGAAUAACCCUUUGCAGUCUCCUCCAGCACAGAUUUGUACAAAGGGCAAAGUGCACAUAUUCAAGUAUCUGAGCAUCCAAGCAUGCCAGAUUAAGACAGCCGACUCCCUUUAUCUCCACACCAUGGAGAGACCACAUUUACACCAGCAUGUGGAAGACGGCAAGAAGGAUUCUGAUUCGGGCGUUGGAAGUGAUAACGGAGAUAAGCGAUUAUCUGCCACAGAGCCUUCUGAUGAAGACACCGUUAGCCUCAACGUGCCAAUGUCAAAUAUCAUGGAAGAAGAACAGAUCAAGGAGGACUCCUGUCAUCACCUCAGCCCAGUGAAAGGGGAAUUUCAUCAGGAAUUUCAACCGGCACCUUCCCUUGUGAGUGACAGUGACAACCCAGGAGAAGAAAGAGACCAAUUUUCCCACGGAACAGACGUUCUCCAUUCAGAAUUUAUAAACUAUGUUAAGGAAAGGGCAGAGACCUGUGAAGAACUGUUACGGAUAGAAGAGGACGCGCACUGGCAUCCCGAGGGAAUACUAAGUUCAUCCAAAGACCAGGACGUGAAUAUAGCAAUGAUUGAACAGCUGAGAGAAGCGGUAGAUUUGCUGCAGGAUCCCAACAGAUUAAGCACAGAUAUUACAGAGAGAAGUGUUGUAAAGUUUUACCCUGUGGAAUCAGCAGAAGACUUGGAAUUACAAGACUCUGCACUAAAUGGUCAAAUACAGUUGGAGACAUCCCCGGUAUGUGAGGUGCAAAAUGAUCUAACAUUACAGAAUAAUGGGAGCGAGUAUUCUCCCAAUGAGGUUAGAGAGGACUCCCCUACCAUCUCUCCUACCAACACCAGCACGGCUCUGUUUGGCCUGAAGCCUCGAUCAGUGUUUCUAAGACCGCAGAGAAAUUUGGAAUCUAUAGACCCACAGUUUACGAUUCGGAGGAAAAUGGAACAGAUGAGAGAAGAAAAAGAAGUGGUGGAACAGCUCCGAGAGAGCAUCGAGAUGAGACUCAAGGUCAGCCUGCAUGAAGACCUGGGGGCUGCCCUCAUGGAUGGUGUCGUCCUCUGCCAUCUAGUCAACCACAUCCGCCCACGAUCCGUUGCAAGCAUCCAUGUCCCCUCGCCAGCAGUUCCCAAACUCAGUAUGGCCAAAUGCAGAAGAAAUGUGGAAAACUUUUUGGAAGCAUGCCGAAAAUUAGGAGUACCAGAGGAAAAACUGUGUCUACCCCAUCACAUCCUUGAAGAGAAAGGCCUGGUCAAAGUGGGCAUUACUGUUCAAGCAUUGCUAGACAUGACUGUCACGAAGGCUCUAUUCACAUGAGACCAACUCCUCUCCUUUGAGUCGGCUCAGAUGCUUCUCACUUGGAGAUUGUGAACUCUGCUCUCGACACCUGUCCCCUCCACCUUCCCACUCACUGCUUGUCAGCUCCCCAACUCUAGUUGAAUUGACGGGAGGACAGAAGAGAAGAUUUUUCGACCUUUCCUAACUGACCUCUGAUGUUAAGACGUGACAGGUAUUUACCUAAAACCCGUGAGGGAGCUGGUUGUGAAGAACCGAGCAUCACAUCAAUGCCUUCUACAGCCUCCUUCAUCCCUUCCACGCUCACCCACUGCCAUUACCAAAACACCAAGCACAACUGUUCUGCGGCAAGAUGCAUUUGUUUUAUUAAAACCAAACUUGUGUAUUUCGUGGGGCGGGGGGUGGGGAACUCAAUCAGGUUUUUUGCCACCAAAUUUUUCAAGAAGUUUCUUGAGACCAUUGCCUUUAAAAAAAAAAAAACUAUUUUCGACAUACAAAAUAUUUAUAUAAAUAUUAUUUAUUAGUGAGUUGUUAUUCAUCCUUUGGAUGCAAAUUGUAAAUUAGGAAACUAUUUUAUUACUGCUUUUUUGUGGUUAAACACUUUAUUUUAAUAUUAUAAAUAUUGAGUUAUUUUCUAUCCUCUUUGGUGUGCAAGUAGUUCUAGGUCUCCAUAGUCAUGUUUUCUGGUGUAUAUGACAAAAAGAUUUAAGCAAAAAACAGGUGCUUCUGUGACGAGAACUGUUUUCUGGGGAGGCAUUAUUUACACUUUGGUUUAUGGAACUUUGGUCUUAUUUAUAUUUCUGCAUUCCAUCCAGCUUCCUACAUUCCAGCAGCCCUGUUGUCCCCUGAUACAAUGAACUGACUGAAAUCAAGAGAGCACUCCAAAGUUAUUGUAAAUAGCUGUGAUGGAAAAAAAAAGACAUAUUAAACUUGAAGACAGAAUGUGAA